CAAACGAAGCUCAUUGAUCGACUGAAUCGAGCAAAUGCAGUAGGGCGUCAGGUGGUGUGACAGGAGUCAGGUGUUGUGGUGGAAAGUCUUGUUUCUUGUUCGUAACGUAUGUCGUUUGUACAAAUACUUAAGAACAUGGGAUGUUGUUAUAGUUGUAAAGAGGAUAAUUCGGUACAGGGCGGGGAAGCAAACGAAAGGACACAUCUUCUAGUGGAUCCAGUGAGCAAUAGUGCUGCAAUCCAGAGAGUUCAUAGUGACGAAUUCUUAACUCGGUACCCUAACUCUUUGCCCAAGAAGACAGAUGAACAGUCAGCCCUGAACAGAAUACUGCAAGAGACAGCCACGAAUGUGAUUGACGUUUCUGCCCUGGGUCCACAUGCUCUUGAACAGCACGAGUUCUUGGAACGUGUCAAACUAUAUGCCCAACGAUUGCAGCAAGUGCAGCUUGGUUCAGCAGGCAGUGGACGGCGAGUGGUGGGUGCUGGCAGUAUCCAACAGAUAGCACAACCUAUCUUAGCAGACGUGCCUGCUCCUGAAAGGUGGCUUGCUGCUCACCCACUUGACGCCAGGGACUUAGCGCUUGUUGUGGGUGUAGCAGAACGUGCAGGAGCAGCUCUGGCUGACUUAAGAGUGGAACAUCGUGAGGACCUUGUAGUGCCUUUUGUAAUCCCUUGAAAAUAGAGGAAGACUGAAAGAAAGAAAGAAAGGACAAAAUGGAUGAUCCAGGAUAUGGAAGGAUCUGAUGAAGCCAAUGACUGAUAAAAUUAUAAUCACAUUUUAGCAUUGGCUUGUGACUGAUGUUAUUUCUUUUAUAAUGUUUAUAUUAAUCUCACCAAAGAUAUAUUUUAUUGCAAAAAAAAAUAAAUAAUCUAUUGCCAAUGGGAGCAAUGACAGUUGGCGGAGUUCCGUAAUUCACUAAGAACACAGCUGUUAUGAAACAGACAAGGAUAUAGAAACAUUGAUGUAAUACUGUUGCAUUUUAGUGCAGACAUUCAUAUAUUUUAAAAAUGGAAUUCUCACUCACUUUAAUACCUUGAGAUAUCUUAACUGGGUUUUAGUAAAUGUGCUAUGAAAUAACAAAUCUUCAGGAAGGCAACAUAUUUUACAAUUUGUUGAAACUGGUAAAUCUGUAUUUUAAAUUUUGUAAAUAAUUAGUUAUUUUGAUAAAAUUAAUGGCAAAAUUUAAGUAAAUAUUAGUUAUGUUUUAUUUUGGUUGAAUAUGUGUGCUUGAAUUGAAAGUUGAGUGUUCAUUUUGUCAUAAGUUAAAAGUAAAUAAAUAGUAAAAAUGUAUUCUGUAAUAGCAGUAUUUAAAUGUUCUUGAUAUAUCCUAACACAAGAAGGCACAAGGAUAUGAAACAUUUGUUUGUUAAAUUGGCCUUGAAAGAAAAUUCCAUUGUAAACACUGUCUUUGGUUUGUGUGUAAUUAUUGUCCCAUUUUACUCAGCUGAAAAGUUUCAUUGUUGGUUUCUGAGUCUUGCCACAACUGCUUUUUCGUUUGUAAUAAAAGUGUCUACUGGCAUUCA